GGCGGAUGGCGGCGGGUGGGUCGCGCGCGGAGGCGUUUGAGCGCGGUGCGGAGGCGCUGGUGUCCCGGCUGCGGUUCCUGGGCCGUGCCGCGGUGGUGAAGGAGCGCCUGCCCAAGGGCUACCGGCACCCGGCGCUGGAGGAGCGGCUCAGCCGCCGCCGCACGGCGCAGGAGGCCCGGGCCCUGAUGCGCUGCCGACGAGCCGGGAUCGCCACGCCGGUGGUGUUCUUCGUCGACUACGCAGCGAACCGCCUGUACCUGGAGGAUAUCGAAGGGUCCGUGUCCGUCCGGGACUACAUAAGAGCCGCCUCUCAGACGGAAGCCGGUCCCGGGAGCCUCGUCCCCUUAGCGGGGGUGAUAGGGAGGGUUCUGGCGAACAUGCACGACGAGGACAUUAUCCACGGAGACCUCACCACCUCCAACAUGCUUUUGCGCCCUCCGUCCGAACAGUUGAACCUGGUGCUCAUCGACUUUGGACUGAGCUUUACGUCGGCCCUUCCGGAAGAUAAAGGGGUGGACCUCUUCGUCCUGGAGAAAGCCUUCCUUAGCACACACCCCCACACCGAGCCUGUGUUCGAAGCCCUCCUAAAGAGUUACGCGGCAGCUUCCAAGAAAUCCGGCCCCGUGCUGAAGAAACUGGAUGACGUCCGCCUCAGGGGACGAAAGAGAUCCAUGAUUGGGUAAAAAAAAAACCAAAAAACCGACUGUGCCCAACUGUAUCGCCUAAACCACCUGUUUCGAAGGAGGUCGCGGCCGAGACCAGAUUUGAAAAGAAUAAAUGCGUUUAUUUUGAAACGGGG